AUGGAAAUGUCCACUCCUAUGUAUAAUAAGACAAGAAGCUUUCUCUGUCUCCCUCCAUUUCUACUCAGUACAGCAAGAAGCCACUCUUCUUUUCCAAAAUUUCUCAGUCUACAAAGUAAAGUUUACAUUGUUUCUUCAAAAAUCUUAUUUUUCUUCUUGGAUAAGCUCAAAGGCUUGGAUCGCUCAUUUAAAAAAAGAGUUUUACUAUUUUCCGGAGGAAACACGCCGGAGAAGAAACCACCGCCGGCGUCAACUAAAGAUCAAACUCUAGAAAGGGUUUAUGGCUCAGACUCAGAUAAUUUGGUAAUGACAGGGGAUUCAGUGGAAUCAGACGUUUCUGAGCAAAACAGUGAAGGGUGUUUCGAAACCCUAGACCAGAUUGAGGAAAAAGCUUCAUCGAUUUUUGAGUUUUCGCUUCAUUUUGUUGACGUGAGUGACUCGCUGGAGGAGGAGGAGGAAGAACGACUGAGAGUGGUUGAAGCGAGGGAGAAGAAACUUUGUUCGCUUGAAGAUUCAGUAUCUCGUAGAGCAAGUGUUCUAGAGGAGAAGGAGAUAGAUUUUGACUUGAGACAGGUCAUUGAAGCAACCAUCGUGAUGUUGGUGCUUGAGAAGCAGAGUGAAGAAGCAGAGAAUAAUAAGCUUGGUUUGCUUCUCGAUUCUACCACAAAGGAACUUGAAGAUAUGAUGAGUGAGUUUGAAGGGAAGAAAGAGGAGGCUCGCCAGAUGUCUGAGUUUAUUCUUGAGAAGUUGAGUGAGUUAGAGAAGGCAAAGAUGGAUUUUGAUCUGAAACAAAGGGAUGAGACUGAGAGGCAGAACAAGGAAAGUGAGGCAAGGGAGAAGAAGCUUAAGGCACUUGAGGAAGCUAUCACAGAAAAGACUGCUGAGCUGAAAAGAAAGGAGGAGACUUUUGAGCUGAAACUGAAAGAAGAAGCUGAUAAACUGAGAGAGGAGAGUGAACUGAGGAGGAAUGGUCUUGAGAUUAAGGAGAAGGCACUGGAAAAAAUGUUGAAAGAGGUUGAGUUGAAGCAGAUGGACUUAAAAGAAAAAUCAAAACAACAACUUAUAGACGCAGAGUCUCGAAAGAGAUCAAACCUUGAGAGUGAAGCAAGGGAGAAGGAACUUAAGGCACUUGAGGAAGCUAUCAAAGAGAAGACUGCUGAGUUGAAAAGAAAGGAGGAGACUUUUGAGCUGAAACUGAAAGAAGAAGCUGACAAAUUGAGAGAAGAGACUGAACUGAGGAGGAAUGGUCUUGAGAUUAAGGAGAAGGCACUGGAAAAAAUGUUGAAAGAGGUUGAGUUGAAGCAGAUGUACUUAGAAGAAAAAUCAAAACAACAACUUAUAGACGCAGAGUCUCGAAAGAGAUCAAACCUUGAGAGUGAAGCAAGAGAGAAGAAGCUUAACUCACUUGAGGAAGCUAUCAAAGAGAAGACUGCUGAGUUGAAAAGAAAGGAGGAGACUUUUGAGCUGAAACUGAAAGAAGAAGCUAAUAAGUUGAGAGAGGACAACGAACUGAAGAGAAAAGGUCUUGGGAUGAAGGAAGAGUCACUGGAACUGGAGUUGCAGCAGAUGGAAUUGAAAGAAAGAUCAAACCAACAACUUGUAGAAGCAGAGUCUCGAAAGAGAUCAAACCUUGAACUUGGGCCGUCCUUGUUGGCAAAGAAUGAUAGUGAUGCUGCUUCUCUUACUCGCCAAGCAAAAAAACAAAAACCUCAGGAAGCAAGUGAUGGAGACAUUGAAGAAAUUGUCUGCACAGAUAAAAGCUAUGAGGAUCCUAAAUUGUUAACUUGUCCUGAUAGAAGGAUCAAUGAUUUUAGCAAGUCAAUGAGCUCUUUUGCUGUUGAUCAAGUAUGGGCUUUAUAUGACCCCAGAGAUGAUAUGCCCAGGAUCUAUGCUCAGGUCAGAAGAAUCUUUGACUCCCAAUUGAGUUUGGAGGUGACACUACUUGAACAUGUCAAAACUACAAAAGAUGAGAAAGCUAUUCUUAGUGGUUGUGGGAGAUUCGAAUAUGGAGAUACAGAGAUCAAGAGCCACUUGAUGUUUGUUCAUGAGAUGGAUCACAUCGUAUGUGCCAACAAUGUCAUUGUGAACCCAAGAAAAGGUGAAACAUGGGCUCUUUUCAGAGAUUGGAAUGCGAGUUGGAACAGUCACCCGGAUCUGCAUGAACCUCCUUAUAGAUACGACUAUGUGGAAGUCAUCUCCGAGUUUGACGAUCUUUCAGGCAUUGCAGUGGCCUAUAUGGGGAGAGUUGAAGGAUUUGCAUCGGUUUUUAACCGUGCUGAGCAGAAUGGACCGAUCAAGAUCAUAGUCUCACCGGGGGAAAUGCAGAAGUUUUCUCAUAAAGUGGCAUCGGUUAAAUUGAGCGGAGAUGAGAAAGAGGGAAUCCCAGCUGGGUCUUUUGAGCUAAACCCUGCUGCUACCCCGAGCUACGAUUCGGUUGUAAAUGAAAAUGGGUCUACAAAAGAUCUGCCCAUUGUAAUAGAUUGAAGGAUUCAUGUACCUUUCUUAUCAGUAUUUGGCUUUUGAGGCUGCAGGAAGUAGUGAAACUGUGUAGUCUUUUUGGUUUAUGUUUCUGUUAUCUCUACGAACCUGUUUAUCUUUUGAACUGAACCAACUUCUCAUGUCAAAAAAGAAAGAGAAUGCUUUAGGAAAAGUGGAUUACUCUGUGUCUCUCAAAGUUUCAACU